UCACGGGCCGUGCUGACUCCAUUUCCCAGGCAGCUUUGCGGCGGACGGGCUCUGAAGAUUACACUUCUCAGAAUCCUUUCGCGGUAGGGCUGCCCGGCGUCUCUGACCCGUCGCGUGACUUCGACUCCCGCAGGCCUUUGGGGCCGACUAGGGUGACUACGUUUCCCAGAGGUCUCUGCGGCUCUGUCACCGGAAGCGGCGGGCGAGUCGAGUGUCCUUGCUCGCCGAGCGGAGCGACCAUGGUGCCCCGAGUGUGGUCGCUGAUGAGGUUCCUCAUCAAGGGCAGUGUGGCCGGGGGUGCUGUCUACCUGGUGUAUGACCAGGAGUUGCUGGGGCCAAGCGACAAGAGCCAGGCUGUCCUUCAGAAGGCUGAGGAGAUAGUCCCCCCAGCCAUGUACCAAUUCAGCCAGUACGUGUGUGAGCAGACCGGUCUGAAGAUACCCCAGCUCCCAGCCCCUCCAAAGUUUAACUUUCACAUCCGCGACACCUGGAAUUCAGGCAUCAUGUCGGUGAUGUCGGCUCUGUCGGUGGCCCCCUCCAAGGCCCGCGAGUACUCCAAGGAGGGCUGGGAAUACCUGAAGGAGCGAACCAAGUAGCCUGUCAGAGGAGGCCACCUGCCCCGGUCAGGAACAGGGGCAGGGGCACCACAGACCCGGAGGCUCCAGACUGGGACUGGGACCCCACUCCAAGGGCAGCUCCCGGCCUUGCCGGCCCAAUAAAGGACUUUGGAAGUGC